AGCUGCUCCAUGCGUCGGGGAGGUAUCACUGAAUAAUAACGGACUUGCCGCUUCCAGCCCUCCACUCGCAGCUAAACGACCUUUUAGUAGCUUACGGGUGUGAACAUUUCGACGUUCAUGGCUCGGUCUUUUAAAAUAGGCUACUGUAUUCGAUGAAUAACGGGAUGGUUUCCCUCAGCAGCUCCCUGCUUGGAUAACCUUACCGCUGUGCUGUGUGGAUGCUCCGGAUAACGGCUCUCCCAUUCCUACCAGAGCUGUCUUGGAAAUGAAAGUAGAUGAUUGACUGGACAGGCAGAGAAUGCUAGAUGCACCAGUCACUGAUCUCACACUGUCAACAGCAGAAGAACAGCUGGAUGUAGUUACCGGGCCAUUGUUAAAUUGACAGGACCAUCCUGGAUUGUGUACCACAGUGGAAUUACUGUAUUAUUGGUCAGCAGACGAGUAAUGGACAUACACAAGGAUUCCUCAUCUAUGUGAUUUUUGUCUGACCUAACAUUUUUCUACAGAAUGCCAAGGCUUUCCCUACAAAUUAUAAGGAACUAGUAUUCCGGUCAGCUUUUUACUCUGAGAUGUUGUUGUUUUCCAACAGUGUGAAGGGGAGCCUGUAAUUGUGAUGAGGAAGACAGGGACUGUUUCUGUUCAUCAGAGGAACCCAGCAUUCAGCCUGUUAGUGCCACGGAAUCUCCAGGGGAGGAAAUAUUCUCAGAUGUCACUUGGAAAUUGGAAUUUUCAAUAAGGGGCUUCUCUCUGGUUUUCCCUUCCCUCUACCUCCCAGACAACUGAGUUUUUAAUCUACCACUACACCAUGUCUCUAUCGAAGUGGAGGAAGAUCAGGGCAUUUACUGUGUUUUCCUGCAUUGUAACGUUCACCACGUUCCUCUUCAGUUACACGUUGAGAGAUCCCUCUCUGUACUUCUUCAAAUACGCCAUCCGCAAGUCGGACAGCUUCUUCUCUAAGGGCCAGUGUGGCUGUCGACAGUGUAUGACUGAGCUGGAGGACGACCCCUGGUUCACUGAGCGGUUCAACCUGUCGGUCCACCCUCUGAUGUCUAGGAGGAACAGCCUGCUGACUGACGACACAUACCGCUGGUGGCAGUGGUUGCAGGCAGAGCAAGAGCCGGCCAACUUCAGCGAGGUGGUGGAGAAGUUGUUCCAGGUCAUCCCUGAUGCUGACCUUUACAUGGACGCGGGCCCUGAGCGCUGUAGGACCUGUGCUGUGGUGGGGAACUCAGGGAACCUCAAGGGCUCCCGCUACGGAGCCCUCAUCGACUCCAAUGAUGUCAUAAUCAGAAUGAACAUGGCUCCUACCUCUGGCUUUGAGGAGGAUGUUGGGAGCCAGACUACGCAUCACGUCAUGUACCCAGAGAGCGCAAUAGAUCUGGACAACACCACCAGCCUCCUGCUCAUCCCCUUCAAGACUCUGGACCUGCAGUGGAUCACCAGUGCCUUGACCACAGGCUCCAUCAAACAAUCACCCAGUAAUGCUAUCUGCAAGGUUAGAUCCAGCACGUACAUUCCUGUCCAGUCCAGGAUUAAGGCAAACAAGAAUAGGGUGUUGAUAUACAGCCCGACCUUCUUUAAAUAUGUGUAUGAUGCAUGGCUGGAGAGUCAUGGCCGGUAUCCCUCCACUGGCUUCCUCAGCCUGUUGUUUGCCAUUCACAUCUGUGAUAAGGUCAAUGUGUACGGGUUCGGAGCGGACCAGUACGGAAACUGGCACCACUACUGGGAAGAGAAUCACCAGGGAGGAGCAUUCCGCCACACCGGGGUGCAUGAUGCGGACUAUGAGUACAACGUCACCCUACUUCUGGCCGAAAAACACAAGAUCAAGAUUUUCAAAGGCUUCUGAUGUCUGGAGAUGUCACUGGCCUGAGACCAUCAAACCUCUUGAACUAAAUCCUGUCCACUCAGAGGUUACCCACUGGGCAUAAACUGGUUGAAUCAACAUUGUUUCAACGUAAUUUGUCAACAUAUUGUGACGUGGAAUCUAUGUGUAAG